AGAAAAUUAAAAAAUAAACUGAAAUUGGAAAAAAAACGAUGCUCAUGUAGUUGUGGGUGGCGGUGCGAAUCCGAUUGCUCUCCUAUUUCUCUCUCCAUUUCUUCAUCUUCGAUUAUCGCUCAAAACAUCUUUCCUAGAUCGGUAAGUUAUUUAUCGUAUUAUUUAAAAUUGAAAUCUGUUUUUCUCCAAUGCGAGUAGAGUCGAAAGAUUGCGAAAUUUUGGUGGUUCAUUUUGUAUUAGAUUCUAAGAGAAUUAGGAAUCCCUAGAUCAUGCUCGGUUUGCUUAUAUUUGUCGUCUGUUAGGUUGAUUUCGAGGUAUAUGUGUCUUUUUCGGUCUGAUCUUGAGGGUGUGUAUGUUGUUGGAGCUCGAAUUUCGAGCCUUUUAAUCGGAAGAAGGUGAUUUUUGUGGUGAAUUGUGGGGAUUGAAUUGGUGUUGGGUUCCAUAGGAGCGUUGAGGAGGUCGUUAAACGUUUGGGUAAUCGAUGGCUUCGAAUCCUCCAUUCCAAGUGGAGGAUCAGACGGAUGAGGAUUUCUUCGACAAAUUGGUUGAUGACGAUUUCGGACCCACUGCCACCGCCGAUUCGGCCCCAAAAUCUACAGAGGGUAACGAUUCUGAUGAUGCCAGGGCGUUCUCGAAUCUCAGUUUAGGUGAGGAGUCGGGCGGUGAGGGAGGGUUCGAGGAGCCCAAAAAAGAGAAUGUCUCUCUGGAUGCCACGGCUGGAUCGUUGGAGGUCCCCGCAGAAGAAGAGAGUAACUCAAAUCCGCAAGCUGUUGACAGCAUAAUUGAGUCUAGUCUUGAAAACAACGUGGAUAAGAGUGAUAUGGAUUUGAGAGUAAGCAAAAGUGGAUCUGGAGCUCCUGGGGCAGUUAAGGAGGUGGGCUGGAAUUCUUUUUAUGCUGAUUCGGAGCAAAAUGACAGUCAUGGGUUUGGGUCUUACUCGGAUCUUUUUGGCGAUUUGGGGGAUAAUGAGACUGCGAGUAAUGAAGCCAAGAUUGUCUCCAAUAAUGAAGGAUAUGAAGCAAAUGUGGUGGGUGAUUCAGCCAAUUAUGCACAAUACCAAGAUGGUCAAGUUUUUGAUACAAAUGGGCAGGAUCUGAAUAGCAGUCAGUACUGGGAGAAUAUGUAUCCAGGUUGGAAAUAUGAUCCAAGUACAGGGCGAUGGUAUCAGGUUGAAGGCUAUGAUGCCACGGCAAAUGUCCAAGGGGCCCAUGAUGCUAGUUCGGUCAGUGAUUGGACUGCUGUUGAUUGGAAAUCAGAGGUUAAUUAUAUGCAACAAAGUGCACAGUCAGUCGUAGGAACUGUGACCGGGACUAACACUAGCCAAAGUGUGUCUAGCUGGAACCAGGUUUCACAAGGGAACAAUGGUUACCCAGAGCAUAUGAUUUUUGAUCCUCAAUACCCGGGCUGGUAUUAUGACACAAUUGCCCAAGAAUGGCGCUCAUUGGAGAGCUAUACUUCAGCUGCUCAAUCAAGUUCAUUUGAAGCACAAGCUCAUGACCCACAGAAUCAGAACGGGCCUACUUCUACUGGUUCUCAUUCUCAGAAUAGUACUGGUAUGUCUGGUGAACAAGGGCAAACUAAUGACUAUGGGUCUCAAAAUCAUAUUAGCCAUAACCAACGUGGUAGCUGGACUGAUUCAUAUGCUAAUUACAGUCAGCAGGGUUUUAACAUGUGGCAACCUGAUAAAGUAACUAAGACUGAGGUCUUUUCAAGUUACAGUGGAAAUAAGCAGCCGGAGGUUUCUUACGACGCUCAGGUUUCUGUAAAAAACCAUGUGGAUCAGCAGGAGUCUUUUAAUACUUUAAGCACCGGUUUGUCUUAUGAGACACCAAGUCGAGGACAUGCUGAGGCUAAUGGGUUCAUUAGCUCACAAGGGUUUGUUCCUAGAAAUUUGAGUACACAUUUUGAUCAGACGAAUGUUAAACAGAAUGAACAAGUUCAUUUUUCAAAUGAUUACUAUGACAGUCAAAAGCCUGUAAAUAUAGGCCAGCAAUCAUUUCAGAGUAGUCAGCAGUUUACUUAUGCUCCCAAUGUGGGGCAAUCAUCUGCUGGUCGCCCUCCACAUGCUUUGGUUACUUUUGGGUUUGGUGGGAAGCUCAUAGUAAUGAAAGAGACUACUUCACUCAACUCUUCCUAUGGUGGCCAGAACUCUGUAGGAGGCACAAUUUCUGUGCUGAAUUUGAUGGAAGUUGUAACAGCGAAUAAUGAUGCCUCAAAUAUUGGAGCGCCCACUUGUGAUUAUUUUCAUGCUCUGUGCCACCAAUCUUUUCCUGGCCCUCUUGUUGGUGGGAAUGUAGGAAACAAAGAGCUAAAUAAAUGGAUUGAUGAGAGGAUUUCUAACUGUAGCUCCCCUGACAUGGAUUUUAGAAAAGGCGAAGUGCUGAAGUUGCUUCUCUCGUUGCUUAAAAUAGCAUGCCAACAUUAUGGAAAACUUAGAUCUCCUUUUGGCACUGACACUGCAUUGGGAGAGAGUGAUAUUCCAGAAACUUCAGUUGCUAAACUUUUUGCAUAUGCCAAGAGGAAUGGUAACCAAUACAGUCAGUAUGGGGCUCUUAACCAGUGUGUAAUGAAUUUUCCAUCUGAAGGACAAAUACGGGCAACUGCUUCUGAGGUACAGAAUCUGUUGGUUUCUGGUAGAAAAAUAGAGGCUUUGCAAUGUGCUCAAGAAGGUCAAUUGUGGGGUCCUGCACUUGUUCUAGCCUCGCAACUUGGUGAGCAGUUCUAUGUUGAAACGGUGAAGCAAAUGGCAUUACUCCAACUGGUAGCAGGAUCACCAUUGCGGACAUUAUGCCUCCUAAUUGCUGGGCAACCCAAAGAUGUUUUUGUUACUGGUGCAACGGCUGAGGCCACUGUUCCUGGUGCUAUGAAUAUGCCUCAACAAUUUGCACCGUCUGGGGCAAAUGGCAUGCUAGACGAUUGGGAAGAGAAUUUGGCUGUAAUAACUGCAAACAGAACGAAAGAUGAUGAACUUGUAAUUAUUCAUCUGGGAGAUAGCCUAUGGAGGGAAAGAAGUGAGACUACUGCUGCGCACAUCUGCUAUUUGGUUGCGGAAGCAAACUUUGAGUCAUAUUCUGAUACUGCAAGGCUCUGUCUCAUUGGAGCAGAUCACUUGAAGUAUCCGAGAACCUAUGCUAGUCCGGAAGCUAUUCAGAGGACUGAGUUCUAUGAAUAUUCAAAGGUGCUAGGAAACUCUCAGUUUAUGCUUCUGCCAUUUCAGCCAUACAAGCUCAUUUAUGCACAUAUGCUGGCUGAAGUAGGAAAAGUUUCAGAUUCAUUGAAGUACUGUCAAACAGUAUUAAAAUCACUAAAAACUGGUCGGGCACCUGAAGUGGAGACAUGGAAACAGUUAGUGUUGUCUCUUGAGGAGAGGAUUAGAACCCAUCAACAGGGUGGAUAUGCAGCUAAUUUAGCACCGGCAAAAAUAGUUGGUAAAUUGCUCAACUUCUUUGAUAGUACUGCACAUCGGGUUGUUGGUGGGCUGCCUCCUCCUGCUCCUACAACUUUACAAGGAAGUGUUCAAACUACUGAUCAUUAUCAUCAACCAAUGGGCCCAAGAGUAUCAGCUAGUCAAUCAACGAUGACCAUGUCAUCAUUAAUGCCUUCUGCUUCAAUGGAGCCAAUAAGUGAGUGGGCAGCUGAUGGCAAUAGAAAGACAAUGCCAAAUAGAAGUGUGUCAGAGCCAGACUUUGGUAGAUCCCCUAGACAGGUUGAUUCAUCAAAGGAAGCAACCUCAUCUAGCGCACAAGCCAAGGCUGGAGGGACAUCUCGCUUUUCUCGUUUUGGUUUUGGUUCACAGCUUUUACAGAAGACAGUGGGGUUAGUCUUAAGGCCCCGCUCAGAUCGACAGGCUAAAUUGGGGGAAAGCAACAAGUUCUAUUAUGAUGAAAAGCUUAAAAGAUGGGUAGAAGAAGGUGUGGAACCCCCGGCUGAAGAAGCGGCCCUGCCACCUCCUCCAACAACUGCAUUUCAAAAUGGAACACCUGAUUACAACUUGAAAUCUAUAUUGAAAAAUGAAGGUUCUCCUCCUGACAGGAGUCCAAAAUUUAAGAAGCAUGCAUCAUCAGAGAAUGCUUCAGGGAUACCACCUAUUCCAACCAGCUCAAAUCAAUUUUCAGCUCGUGGACGGAUGGGCGUUCGAGCAAGGUAUGUUGACACAUUCAACCGAGGUGGUGGAAGGCCAGCAAACUCGUUCCAGUCUCCUUCAUUUCAAUCUGUCAAACCUGCAGGUGCAGCAAAUACAAAAAUUUUUAUUCCCGCACCUGCACCAGCAAGUGAACAGACAAUGGGGGCCAUAGCAGAAAGCAUAAAUGAAGAUGCUGCACCAAAUGGAAAUCCUUCGUCAUCAACCAUCACUGACCCUUUGCAGACCACCCCAUCAUCAUCAUCAAUAUCUCCAAUGCAAAGGUUCCCAAGUAUGGAUGAUAUCUCGAACAAAAGACCAAUGAUUAAUGGAGAGGGUCCCCACCCACCUCAUUCACGUCGAACAGCAUCAUGGAGUGGAAACUUCAACGAUUCAAUUAGCCCUCCUAAGAUUGGUGAAACAAAACCUCUAGGGGAGGCAUUGGGAUUGUCCCCAUCAUCUUCUAUGACCAACGGACCUUCUAUGAUGGGAAUGCCAACGAGGGGUGGCAGUUUUGGGGAUGGCCUUCAUGAGGUGGAGCUUUGAGCUAGAGUAGUGAAGAUGUAAAUAUCGAAGUUUUGUCCGUUGGGGUCUCUCAUAACCAAAAUGGUGGUUCUCCGGAAUUGGCUUUCACUGAAGGAUUAAAAUACAUGACCUUUCGCCGAAUUCUGUGUCCUCCCUGGCCGAUACCCUUUGCUCUUUUCACAUGUAUGUUAGGCAUAUUUAAUGUCCUUUAAAUGUAGCAUUUUUUUCCCCCAAAUGUUUUUAUGUGCCGCCACCAUCUGAUGCUGAGGGGCGGUUUAUUUCGUCUUUACCCAGUUUUUUUCACUACAAAGAAAACGAAGCCUGCAUUGGCAUCAUUUGUUCAUUUGUUGAAAACAGGAUUGGCCCCUUGAGAUAGGAUUGAAGAUGGCUUCAAAACAUCACCUCAAGGACAAAAUAUAAAAAAUAAUCGCUAUGUUGAUUUUUAUUUUAUAAAAAUUUUAUUUAUAGAA